UGUCCUAAAUAAUUAGAUAUAGAUACAUCUUACCACUCUAUUUGUAAAAUGAUACUUGCACGAUAAUUGACGCAUGCGCAAGUAAUCUUACCUAAGAAAAUGUGUUGAUCUGAAAAUAUUGAUGUAAGAGAAUCGAAGUGAGACUUUUGAUCGUAUUGUUCAUAUUUACAUAGUUAACUUUUACUGUGUAAAAUGGCACUUCGUGCAAUAUCGUUCCUACGUACAAGUGGUGAUAUCGCAAAAUGUUACGCAUUACCCAAAAGAUAUUUUGCGGAUACGUCUAAAAUAGACAAGGCACUUUCCAUACCGAAUAAACCAGUGUCCAAAAGUAUUGAUGAUAUAGGAAAAAUUAUCGACGAAAACAUAGAAAAAAGUGAAAUUACUAUAUCAAUGAACGAAGAUGUUGGAUUGGCAUCUGGUGUCCCGGAAGAACACAUAAAGACUCGUAAAGUUCGCAUCUAUUGCCCUGCAAAAAAUGCCAUGCAGUCAGGAACAAAUAAUAUACAUUUUUGGCAAAUUGAUUUUGAUACACGCGAACGUUGGGAAAAUCCCCUGAUGGGAUGGGUUUCGACAGGUGAUCCUAUGUCUAAUGUCAAGGUACAGUUUUCGUCAGAGCAAGAAGCCGUUGCACACUGUGAAAAAAUGGGAUGGGAUUAUUAUAUUCAAAAACCGAAUAUUAGUAAUCCUAAACCACGCUCUUACGGUACCAAUUUUUCAUGGAACAAGCGUACUAGAGUUUCAACUAAGUGAAGUGUUAAAAGUCAAUAGAUGAGAAUAAGUAUAGUUCUAUAUAUAAUAUUUAACAUGUAUCAUACAAUAAUACAACUAUAUAUAUAUAUAUAUAUAUAUAUAUAUAUGACAUGUAUACAUAGUUGUUUUCGCAUGUACAGUUCCACAUACGUAAAUAAAUGUUUAUAAAAAUA